AUGGUCACUCUCACCACUUCACAAUGUCUGGAUAUAGCGUUAUCUUCCGUCGUUACGAUCAAAGGCAUCGCUUUACAACUUUCGCACCAGGAGGAGAUUGCACAGACUACCCAAAAGCAGGGCGAUGCUAACUCUAGCCAAGCUCGACAAAACAAAUUUCUUAGCGACUUGAAAAGUCAACUUGACACAACUCAGAAGUGGCUCAACGGCUUUGCUGAUCGAAGGUCCCAAAGUCUACCAAGAUCCACAAUUUUGUACCUUCUCGACACCCUAGAGCAGCUGUGUAUACUACAGGAUCGUCAUCAAAUCUUGAAGGAAGAUCAUGACGAAGGAUAUAUAUAUGACUACACCAGACUGAAGCGAAUCACUGUGGCAGAUGACACAUUACUUGAGAGAUUAGCCCAGGAAGCUGGUCCAAAUGCACAGAUCAGACGUGAAGAUCUUCUGCGUCGGCUCGCCAGCUUACCAUGGAGUGACUUGGAUAAAGUAAUUGACAGAUCCGCCUAUGAGACACCUACUGGAGGUGUUACCAUCGCCAGCUUAGCAGCGGACUGUCUCAAUUCUUUCGAGAAUCGGUCCAAAGUGGUUUCAGAGAUUGAUGAAGAGAAAAUUCAAGUCCAGCUCGCCCGGUUUAAUAUUUGGGCAUCGAAUAUUGGAGUCUUUGUACGAGGCGGGUUGUCUCUUGACAAACGCCUUGAGGCAGCUCCAGAUAUUGCAGAACUGUUCAACGAACUUCUUGAAAUGUUACAAUCCUUCAUAGAACAAGCAUCCUUAUCUCCUCAACCAAAAGAGACGGGUAUUCCCAAUGAAGCUGCAACCCCUGCUUUGAUGCACCGGAUUCCGAAGGCCUUGGACGACGAGAAAAAUAUACAAACUACCCCUAAGUAUCUACAUGAGAUCGCAGGACUGAUCACAAGACUUCAUCGACUCUCUAUUGCAGUUCGGGCCGCAGGCGAGCGCAAUCUAUACUCUCGCAUCUCCAAUUUUACCAUUGUUGACGAACAGGGAGAAGACAUUGAUUCUACUUUUGAGUCCUUCGUACAGCAGAUCCUCCAAAGCCAUUAUCCAAAUUUGCCUACUCCUCUCAAGGAACGGCUGGCUUCUGCAAUCUGCUUCCGUCGACGUCGCUUCCUGUACCAUGUGGCCAGAUCGCAAAAGUUGGCCCAAAGAACUUACGAUGCGCCCCACCUUGAAAACCGUCGCCCUAAUGACACCGAACUGAACAUUUAUCUCACAUCACCAUCUUCGACCACGGGGUCGAAAAACCCCCACGAGCCAAUAUCAUUAGGACAGUCCUUAGUGUCGCCGAGUACUGUUCCUUCGGGCUUCGAUAGAAGUAAGCUACGUCUUCCCGCCACUGGAUCACAAACUCAAGAAUCGAUUGCCCCGUCCGAGAAUGCGGUUGUCCAAAGAAGUACAGAGAUCCCACUUCCCCCUAAAGUGCCUAAAGAUCUGCCCGAAUACCCUUGUCCUUACUGCCGGAAAGUGUGUGCUUCCCGAACUUUUUUGGGUACGAGAUGGAAGGCGCAUUUUGAAAAAGAUUUGGAGCCCUAUAACUGCUUGUUCCAUGAUUGCUCCGAGCCGAAUGCACUCUUUGCGACAUCAAAAGACUGGCUUAGUCACACAAUUACUCAUUACAGCCAAGAAUGGACGUGUCGAAUUUGUCGAAACGAAGUUUUUAGUAGGAAGCAGGAUCUCCGCCAGCACUUGAAGCGUACUCAUACCCAGCUCGCUACGUAUCAAAUCCAAACAUUAUUACAGCACGGUACCCGACGUCGAGAGCCCCUGGGAACAUUAUUCCCCGAAUGUCUGUUCUGUAAGCAUAGUUCGAGUGUUGAUGGCAUGUCGGAUGAACAAGCUGCCAAAGAAAAUUCAGAUAUGAAUGACCAUAUCGCCAAUCAUCUGUUAUCUAUAUCGAUGAUAUCUCUCCCGCUUGCAUGGCGAAAGGAAUCUAGCACUAUGAGCGCACCAGGAAGUGUGCAGCUGAGUGAAGCUUCCAAUUCCGUCACAGGCUCCUCAGUGAGAACGUCGGCUUCCCAAGAGCUGGAGCAGAGACUACCAUUGCCUGAAAAUGAGGUCGAGUCAAAACAACGAGUUGGGGCAUGGAUGGAUGCCCAGGAACUGGCAGAGCCAACUGAUAUGUCCCCAGAUCUAGCAAUGUCGGCUUCUGCCAUUGACCCGGAGUCGAUAGUCAAAGUUAUUACGAUCAAGGAUAAUCUUUCGUCUGGACUGGUAACCUCGCUUCCAGCUCGUCAAGAUGAAGAUUCUCUUCGAUUUGCAAGUCUCUCAAGUCUCCAGCGUUCCAGUCCCAGAGUCAGUGUUGGCACGCCAGAAGUAGAGUCGUACAGAUAUAGGUCGAUUUCAAGUCUUGCAAUAGAGGAGUUUCGUUUGCUCCAUAUUAUGCCGGCACAGCAUACUACUGACCCUAUAUAUGCAUCCAUAUCCCAUCAAUCCAUAAAUGAUCAUCCAGAUUAUAUCGCAUUAUGUUAUUGCUGGGACUACAGCAAAGGCGAAGAGCCAAUUAUCAUGGUCGAUGGACUGGCUAUGCAUGUUAGGCAUAACCUGUUCAGUGCCCUUUGCGUACUUCGAGAGCAAGAUUCCGAAGUCAUUUUAUGGGUUGAUGCUCUGUGCAUUAAUAUGCAUGACAUGGCAGAGAGGCAAGGCCAGAUAAGUGUCAUGAGGAAUUUUUUCAUCCAGGCCGCUAGCGUUUGGAUCUGGCUCGGGGGUGAGGAGAGUACUUCGGCUGCUCUAAGGGAAAUUCAAGUGGUUGCAGAAAAGUUGCCAACAACUUUGUCAGGAAAAGAGGAACCGAGCGGAGAAAGCUCUGCUGCUGUUGGCGGCAGGCCAUUUAUUCGCAAAAUCUUGAAACGUGUCAGGCGCUCAAGCUUAGAAUUUAAACCACCUGCAAUCCGCUCCUCGCCUGACCGAGUACCGGAUCCAAGCGACCAUGGUAAACAAGUAAUAAAAGAACAAGGCGAGGUAGCGAUCUCACGACCUACGGAUUUUGCACCAGUUCUCAGAAACGGGGUAUUCAACAGACGCUGGAUCAUCCAAGAGGUUGUCGUCGCUCAAAGUGUCAUGGUGUUUGGCCAAGGAUGUGCCCUCGCCUGGUCUGACUUUGAGCGCGUGGUCGAAAAUUUCACUCACUCGAAUAGCCAAGUUACGGUGACAGAGGCGUGGCAAUUUAUCCAAGUAACCCGUGCUUUGCAGGGUCGUGCCGACAGUAGGCUAGUCGAACAGCCAGCAUCAUUCGAGACGAUUGUCACACUUGCGACCAAUUUUUCGAAUACCGAUCCUAGGGACACGAUAUAUGCUUUACUAUCUCUGAUACGGAGUGAUGAACCGCCUUGGCCAGGAACCAUAGACUACACCAUAUCAUUCGACAAAAUCGCUCUUGAAUAUGUCCAAUACGCCAUUUCGUCCUCAAAGUCAUUGAAUGUCAUCUGUCGCCCAUGGAUUCAGGACUGGAGUCGAGGCGAGUCGCCAUCUUGGAUAUGCACUAUGAAAAGUUUGAGGGAGGCAGGUGGCCAGGGCAUUGCUUCCCUAAGGCAAAUUUCUGACACCUUCGUCGGGAUGCCAGGAAAAUGCAAGUACGAAGCGACCAAAAGAAUGAAGCCUAUAUUUGGACCAACAUUUAAAGGAUCAGAUAAAACGAGAUAA